CUGCCCAGCACCUGUCUCCAGAAGGUGGAAGAACAGCCAGAGGACGCAGACAAUCAGCGAAACGUUAGUCGGAUGGGCAGUCAACCCUCAGACCCGAGCACCACUGUGCACAUCCCAGUGACGCUGACAGGACCUCCUGGGGAGACAACGGUAGUUUCCAGUGGUAACGUGGACCUGGAAAGCCAAGCAGAGGGGAAGAAGGAGGUGGAAGUGGAUGCUGUGCUGAGGAGUGGCCCCCGGCCUAUCGUCCCGUACAACUCCCUGUUCUGCCUAAGCCCUGCCAACCUGCUCCGCCGCUUCUGCCACUACAUUGUGACGAUGCGGUACUUCGAGAUGGUCAUUCUCGUGGUCAUUGCCCUGAGCAGCAUUGCCCUGGCUGCUGAGGACCCUGUGCGCACAGACUCGCCCAGGAACAACGCUCUGAAAUACAUGGAUUACAUCUUCACAGGCGUCUUCACCUUUGAGAUGGUGAUAAAGAUGAUCGACUUGGGACUGCUGCUGCACCCUGGAGCCUACUUCCGGGACCUGUGGAACAUUCUGGACUUCAUCGUGGUCAGUGGGGCCCUGGUGGCAUUUGCCUUCUCGAGCUUCAUGGGAGGAUCCAAAGGGAAAGACAUCAGCACCAUCAAGUCCCUGAGAGUCCUGCGCGUCCUGCGGCCCCUCAAGACCAUCAAACGGCUGCCCAAGCUCAAGGCUGUGUUUGACUGUGUGGUGAACUCCCUGAAGAACGUCCUCAACAUCCUGAUUGUCUACAUGCUCUUCAUGUUCAUAUUUGCCGUCAUUGCGGUGCAGCUCUUCAAAGGGAAGUUUUUCUAUUGCACUGACGAAUCCAAGGAGCUGGAGAGGGACUGCAGGGGUCAGUAUCUGGAUUAUGAGAAAGAGGAAGUGGAGGCUCAGCCACGGCAGUGGAAGAAAUACGACUUUCACUACGACAACGUGCUCUGGGCUCUGCUGACCCUGUUCACGGUGUCCACGGGAGAGGGGUGGCCCAUGGUGCUGAAACACUCCGUGGACGCCACCUACGAGGAGCAGGGGCCGAGCCCUGGGUACCGCAUGGAGCUGUCCAUCUUCUACGUGGUCUACUUUGUGGUGUUCCCCUUCUUCUUUGUCAACAUAUUUGUGGCCUUGAUCAUCAUCACCUUCCAGGAGCAGGGGGACAAGGUGAUGUCUGAGUGCAGCCUGGAGAAGAACGAGAGGGCUUGCAUUGACUUCGCCAUCAGCGCCAAACCCCUGACACGGUACAUGCCCCAGAACAAGCAGUCAUUCCAGUAUAAGACGUGGACAUUCGUGGUCUCUCCACCCUUCGAGUAUUUCAUCAUGGCCAUGAUAGCCCUCAACACGGUGGUGCUGAUGAUGAAGUUCUACGACGCGCCCUACGAGUAUGAGUUGAUGCUGAAAUGCCUGAAUGUCGUGUUCACGUCCAUGUUCUCCCUGGAAUGUGUGCUGAAGAUCAUCGCCUUUGGGGUGCUGAACUAUUUCAGAGAUGCCUGGAAUGUCUUCGACUUUGUCACUGUGUUGGGAAGUAUUACUGAUAUUUUAGUAACGGAGAUUGCGAACAACUUCAUCAACCUCAGCUUCCUCCGCCUCUUCCGCGCUGCGCGGCUGGUCAAGCUGCUACGCCAGGGCUACACCAUCCGCAUCCUGCUGUGGACCUUUGUCCAGUCCUUCAAGGCCCUGCCCUACGUGUGCCUGCUGAUCGCCAUGCUGUUCUUCAUCUAUGCCAUCAUUGGCAUGCAGGUUUUUGGAAACAUUGCGCUGGACGAUGAUACCAGUAUCAACCGGCACAACAACUUCCGGACGUUUUUACAGGCCCUGAUGCUGCUGUUCAGGAGUGCCACUGGGGAGGCCUGGCACGAGAUCAUGCUGUCUUGUCUCAGCAACCAGGCCUGCGACGCGCAGGCCAAUGCCAGUGUGUGCGGGAGUGACUUUGCCUACUUUUACUUCGUCUCCUUCAUCUUCCUGUGCUCCUUUCUGCGUCUGGUCCGCAUGAACAUGCCCAUCUCCAAUGAGGACAUGACCGUCCACUUCACAUCCACGCUGAUGGCCCUCAUCCGGACUGCACUGGAGAUCAAGCUGGCCCCAGCCGGGACAAAGCAGCAUCAGUGUGAUGCGGAGCUGAGGAAGGAGAUUUCCUCCGUGUGGGCCAAUCUCCCCCAGAAGACCCUGGACUUACUGGUACCACCCCAUAAACCUGACGAGAUGACAGUGGGGAAAGUCUACGCGGCUCUUAUGAUAUUCGACUUCUACAAACAGAACAAAACCACCAGAGACCCGAUUCACCAAGCUCCCGGAGGCCUGUCCCAGAUGGGCCCUGUGUCGCUGUUCCACCCACUGAAGGCCACCCUGGAACAGACACAGCCAGCAGUACUCCGAGGAGCCCGGGUUUUCCUUCGGCAGAAGAGCUCCACCUCGCUCAGCAACGGUGGGGCUGUACAAACCCAAGAAGGUGGCAUCAAGGAGUCUGUUUCCUGGGGCACGCGGAGGACCCAGGAUGCACACUAUGAGGUCAGGACUCCCCUGGAGCGUGGCCACUCAGCGGAGAUCCCAGUGGGGCAGACGGGAGCUCUGGCUGUGGAUGUCCAGAUGCAGAACAUGGCCUUGAGGGGCCCUGAUGAGGAGCCCCAGCCCGGGCUGGAGAGCCAGGGCCGUGCUGCCUCUAUGCCCCGCCUGGCGGCAGAGACACAGCCUGCCCCAGAUGCCAGCCCCAUGAAACGCUCCGUCUCCACCCUGGCCCAGCGCCCCCACGGGGCUCAUCUCUGCAAUGCCAUCCUGGACCGCCCUGCCCCCAGCCAGGCUCCCCACCACCACCACCACCGCUGCCAUCGCCGCAGGGACAAGAAGCAGAGGCCCCUGGAGAAAGGGCCCAGCCUGUCUGCAGACACGGAUGGUGCACCAAGCAGCACUGCGGGGAUGGGGCUGACCCCAGCAGAGGGGCCCACAGGAUGCCGGCGGGAGCGGGAGCGCAGGCAGGAGCGGGGCCGGUCCCAGGAGCGGAGGCAGCCCUCAUCCUCCUCCUCGGAGAAGCAGCGCUUCUAUUCCUGUGACCGUUUUGGGGGCCGUGAGCCUCCGCAGCCCAAGCCCUCCCUCGGCAGCCACCCCACGUCGCCAACAGCUGGGCAGCAGCCAGGACCCCACCCACAGGGAAGUGGUUCAGUUAAUGGGAGCCCCUUGCUGUCAACAUCUGGUGCUAGCACCCCCGGCCGUGGUGGGCGGAGGCAGCUCCCCCAGACCCCCUUGACCCCCCGCCCCAGCAUCACCUACAAGACCGCCAACUCCUCGCCUGUUCACUUCGCCGGGGCUCAGACCAGCCUCCCCACCUUCUCCCCUGGCCGGCUCAGCCGUGGCCUUUCUGAACACAAUGCCCUGCUCCAGAGAGAGCCCCUCAGCCAGCCCCUGGCCCCCAGCUCUCGCAUUGGCUCCGACCCUUACUUGGGGCAGCGUGUGGACAGUGAGGCCUCUGCCCACUCUCUGCCUGAGGACACUCUCACCUUCGAGGAGGCGGUGGCCACCAACUCAGGCCGCUCCUCCAGGACUUCCUACGUCUCAUCCCUGACCUCCCAGUCCCACCCACUCCGCCGUGUGCCCAAUGGCUACCACUGCACUCUGGGACUGGGCUCAGGCAGCCGGGCGCGGUACAGCUACCACCACCCGGACCAAGACCACUGGUGCUAGCUGCACCGUGACCGCCCACGCACCUGCAUGCAGCGGGCGUGUGUUCCAGUUGAUGAGUUUUAUCAUCCACGCUGGCUCCUGAGGAUGUUCGGGGUCAGGGGCAGCAGCCCCUGGGAAAAGGGGCCUCGCCUCCUGGGCUGCCUUGGUGGGGGCUCCUGCUGCGCCUUUCCCCCUCCCCCCUCCUCUUUUACACUGGACGGAUUAAUAAAGCCCUUUUGUAGAGGGACGUGGCUCUCUAUCCACCUCAUGUGCUGCUUCCUGGUUCUCACCACACAUCAGAUCCUAGACAGGAAGUGGCUGUGUGUGGCUGGGAAGGACCUGGCAGGUCCACAUGCUGUGCUGUGGACUCAAGCAUCCAGGUUGGGUGCUUGGAACCUUUCUAGGUCGAAAUCUUGUGAGGGAGCAUCCUUUAUGCAGGUGUGUGGUGUAGAAGGCAGGGCAUGUCUGGAAGUGUGGGGAGAGUGCAGGACGGAGCUGCUGGUGAUAAGGGCAGCCUCGGGUCCAGCCCUCCUGGGUAUCGAUAAACACACACGCACACCCGUUGUUGCUGUCCGUACUGGAACAGCACACGUAUGCUGGAAAUACACUCAACUGCUCUCUGUCCUUCCCUGGACACCAUCAACCCCAACAGGGACCAAAUCUGGAAGAGGUUCUUGCUGUUGAUUUUGGUUUUUAAUUGCAACACCCUUCACUUUUUUGUCAUUUCUAUAUACUUGAUUUAGAAAAAAUAGAAAACCAGAAAAAUGGGGAAAGAAACUUAGCAUAACUUUAAAAAAUCAAAACUGUAGAAAGAGCUCAACUUUUCGUUGCGUGUUUCUGUGACUUGAGUGGGGAGAUGCUCCUGCAUGGACUGUCCAGUCCGGGCAGCCCCAGACAACCCCUUGCUACUGCCGCUCUCGACCAAGUGCCUGCCCUGGGCCCUCACACACCGGGCUCCUGGGCAUCGCGGCAUGAGACCUUGCGAACCAUCACGGGUGGGGUUUGUGAAAACUACUGAUAACCACAGCCAGGUAGAAAGCUGUUGUCAGAGGUGGAUAAUGGGUGACAUCCGGUGACAUGUUAUCGCUGGAAACAAGGCAGCCAUUCCUGUCUUUCUUCCACCAGCAGGAGGGAUUCCAGGAAGCCGCGAGCAGCAGCAUGUGUGCUUGUGUGAGGCAUUUUCAAUCUGUUCUCUGUCUGAUUCUCAGGGACUGGUGCCUGCCAUGUAGGGCAUGAUCUCUGCUGUGUGUGAAAUAAGUUUCUUUUCACAUGAGGCUGAAGAAUAGGAAGGUGGGUGGGGACAGGGGUUGGAUGUGGGGCCAUCAGGGCAGGAGGGAGGGAAGCUCUGGCUGACGUGAGGCCAAGGCUCUGAGCAGGCGAUGGUGCAGGCAGUAAACUGAAAUCCCACCUCAUGGCUACUCUCAAAGGGAAGAGCAUACUCAGGACGUCGUUCAGGGUGCACAAAAUGCUGGGAGACCAUUUGUUUCGUGAAGAGAGGGAGCAUUUAGAUGAGUUGAUUCUGGUGUGUCCUGUUUUGAAAUUUCAGAUGAUCUCUUUGUUGGAUUAUUGGCUUCUGCCCUAUGACUGUCCUCAAGGAAACUGCGUGUGGUAUGUGUGUGUCUGUGCUCACAGGAGGUGCGACGUAUGUGCAGGUGUGUGCAGUGAGUGGCUGUCAUCUAUAGGGCUAUUGCAACAAAAGGCACAUGUUUGAUAGAAACAAAUCACACAAGACCGCCACCUGGUCUAGGGCUUCAGCAUGAUUGUGACCAAACCUUUUUAUAGAAUUUCCUUAUGUGAAGGCACAACACUCUGAGACUUUAAAGAUAACAGAGUAUUUUAUUCCAGUAGGAUAAAAUUAAACAGGAAUCUCGACAGUGCAUGUGAUUGCUGUGCUCAUGUUGCAAAGCAGAAGGAUGUGUAUUCUGUUGCUGACGUUUGUCUCUUGUUCCCCCAUCCCAGCCCAUGUUUUCUUGGGUGACGAAUGUAUCCGUUCUGUGCAGAACCAACCACAGCUGUUUCCGUAGGCCAUACUGGGUCCAGAAUCCUCUUUUCUAGACCCACACAGCCUGGUUGGCUUGUCUGGAUUCUUCGAGGCAUUGGAAUGGAUGAAAAUUACAGGGAGAAGGGAAAGGAGACAUAUGUUUUGUCUUCCUGACUGGGUUUUGUUUCUGUACUGUCUCUUCUCAAAUUAUCAUGUUUCCCCUUAAAUCUCAUAGUGAGUUGCCAAAUUUGAAAUGCAUUAACCAGUUGUCUGCAUCUGGAACCAGUCAAGCAGUGGCUGUAGUUUGAACAAGUUAUGUGUGCAUGUAAAAUAUAUAUAUAUAUACAUAUAUACAAGUAUGUGCAUGAAAAUGUAUAUCUUCAUACUUUUUGAUACAUUGUAUUCAUUUGUUAAUUUUUAAUUAUAUUUGAUAUAAAUUGAAGGUUUGUUGCAAAACUUUAUAUUUAAGAACAGUGUUAAAAAAAAAAAAAAAAAAAAGAAGUCCCAACCAUGCAACACACCUGGGACUUACUUUAAAAAAAAAAUUCUGUGAUUGACUAGUUUGCUGCUUGAGUAAUAUUUAUCAGCCAAACUUUGGAUUCUGCUGUUGUUUCUACAAUGAUAUUUUGUAUGAAGCAAAGUCCUUGGAUUAAAAUAAAAACUUAGAAAAAAUCAAAACAAAAACA